AUUCCUUUCGGGUAGCAGAAGCCGGCUGCGAGGGAUCGACCCUUCCCGACGUCCCCUUUUUCUUCGGUCCAUUGGUCGGUUUUAAAUUUAAAUGUUGUAAUUUGUUCAAGACAAGCUCUCGUCUUUUACGUCGCUCUACAACCGCGGGACUACAAGCCAUUGAGAGUUUUUAGUGAACAAAAACAAAUUUGUUAUUUAUUGGACUUCUGCCUCAAGAUUGGUGAUGGCAACCUACCAGGAGUUCAUCCAACAAAAUGAAGACAGGGAUGGGGUACGAUUCAGCUGGAACCUCUGGCCAUCCAGCCGACUGGAAGCUACUCGGCUUGUGGUGCCAGUCUCUUGCCUCUUCACGCCACUGAAAGAGCGACCCGACCUGCCACCUGUCCAAUAUGAGCCUGUCAUGUGCAGCCGGGCAAACUGCAAGGCUGUGCUCAACCCGCUGUGUCAAGUGGACUUUAGGGCCAAAAUUUGGGCAUGUAACUUCUGCUUCCAGAGAAACCCGUUCCCUCCCUCUUAUGCAGGCAUAUCAGAGGUCAAUCAACCGGCUGAACUCAUGCCUCAGUUUUCAACCAUUGAGUACAUUGUACAGCGUGGACCCACAGCUCCACUCAUUUUCCUCUAUGUUGUGGACACAUGUUUGGAAGAAGAAGACCUGCAGGCCCUAAAAGAGUCACUUCAGAUGUCCCUAAGUCUUCUGCCUCCCAAUGCUCUUGUUGGUCUUAUAACUUUUGGGCGCAUGGUCCAAGUGCAUGAACUUGGCUGCGAGGGCAUUGCAAAGAGCUACGUGUUCAGAGGCACCAAGGAUCUGUCAUCUAAGCAGAUCCAGGAGAUGCUGGGUCUGUCGAAACCCGCGGGACCUGGACCACAAGGACGCCCGGCGGCACCACAGAAUGUCGCACCCACUUGCAGGUAUGGAAUGUUAACUAUGUUAAAAUGUGCAGAUUGCAUGUUCAUGUUCCUUACCUACCUGUCCCCCACCAUUUGUAGGUUCCUCCAGUCAGUUCACAAAGUUGAUAUGAAUCUGACAGACCUGCUGGGUGAGCUUCAGCGAGACCCCUGGCCAGUUCCACAGGGAAAACGUCCACUCCGUUCAACUGGUGUUGCACUUUCCGUGGCUGUUGGUCUGCUCGAGGGAACAUUCCCCAACACAGGCGCUCGGGUCAUGCUGUUCAUUGGUGGACCUCCAACCCAGGGCCCUGGCAUGGUGGUCGGCGAUGAGUUGAAAACACCCAUCCGCUCAUGGCAUGACAUCCAGAAGGAUAACGCGCGACACUUGAAGAAAGCCACUAAGUACUAUGAAGCCUUGGCCAACCGCUCUGCAGUAAACGGCCACAGUAUCGACAUUUACGCUUGUGCCCUGGACCAGACUGGGCUGUUGGAGAUGAAGUGUUUAUCUAAUCUCACCGGGGGCCACAUUGUGAUGGGUGACUCUUUCAACACCUCCCUUUUCAAACAAACCUUCCAGAGGGUCUUCAGCAAAGACUACAAUGGAGAUUUCCGCAUGGCUUUUGGUGGCGUCCUGGAAGUUAAGACAUCAAGAGAGCUGAAGGUCUGUGGAUCCAUUGGACCUUGUGUUUCUCUGAAUUCCAAAGGUCCCUCUGUGUCAGAAAAUGAGUUGGGAGUCGGUGGCACCAACCAGUGGAAGGUGUGCAGCCUCAACCCUUCAACCACGUUGGGUAUUUAUUUUGAAGUGGUCAAUCAGCACAGUGCACCAGUCCCUCAAGGUGGCCGAGGAGCGAUUCAGUUUGUCACCCAAUACCAGCACUCGAGCACUCAGAGGAGGAUACGGGUCACAACUGUUGCAAGGAACUGGGCAGAUGCACAGUCUCAAAUUCAGCACAUUGAGUCUUCGUUCGACCAGGAAGCCGCUGCAGUGCUGAUGGCUCGCCUGGGAGUGUUCAGAGCUGAGUCAGAGGAGGGGCCAGAUGUUCUGCGCUGGCUGGACAGGCAGCUCAUUCGCCUGUGUCAGAAGUUUGGCCAGUUCAACAAAGAUGAUCCGACUUCAUUCAAGCUGUCAGAGUCUCUGUCACUCUACCCUCAAUUCAUGUUCCACCUGCGGCGGUCGCCCUUCCUGCAGGUGUUUAACAACAGUCCCGAUGAGUCGUCCUACUACAGGCACCACUUUGUCCGACAGGAUCUGACCCAGUCCCUCAUCAUGAUCCAGCCCAUCCUCUACUCAUACUCCUUCUAUGGGCCACCAGAGCCCGUCCUCCUGGACAGCAGCAGCAUCUUGCCGGACCGAAUCCUUCUGAUGGACACGUUCUUCCAGCUGGUCAUUUACCAUGGAGAGACCAUUGCCCAGUGGAGGAAAGCAGGCUACCAGGAAAUGGCCGAGUACGAGAACUUUAAACAGCUGCUGCAGGCUCCUCUGGAUGAUGCCCAAGAAAUCCUGCAGACUCGCUUCCCCAUGCCGCGCUACAUCGACACGGAGCACGGAGGCUCCCAGGCCCGGUUCCUCCUCUCAAAGGUCAACCCCUCGCAGACCCACAACAACCUCUAUGCAUGGGGACAGGAGACGGGAGCCCCCAUCCUCACAGACGACGUCAGCCUGCAGGUCUUCAUGGACCACCUGAAGAAACUGGCCGUGUCCAGUUCUGCGUAGACGGAUAGAUUCCACCACAAGUCUCGUGACAUUCCUCUCCUGCCACUGGGAUCCAACAACAUUUCCCUUGUUUUUGUAAUCAAGUCAAACCCAGCGUGUCUUUUCGAUGUGCUUGAUUUUACCGCUCCGUCAUCAAACAUCUCAUUGGAACUAGACAACAAAAAAAACACCUUUUAACAAUCAGUGAAAUCAAGUGACAUUUCAGCUCAGUUCGUAACUUAUUAUUUAUACAAAAUGGUUCCCACGACACGACCCUCUGACAUGCAGUAAGAUUAACAAAGUCGAUUGUGUUUGUCCUGAAGUGUGGAUCAACUGCAACAGUUGCUGUUAAAUAAGAUGAAUACGAAUGUUAACUUUGUCUAAAGUGGAAGAGUUUCUCUUUAAUAAAUAGCCAUGGUAUCACGCAAACACACACCUUCUGACUGUGGGUCUCCAUUCAUGCUUCUGGACAUUGAACUUGGCAACAUCCAAGCAACUGGAGUACAAUUGGUUCCUAGAAAAUUCUUAGAAAAAGGAUGCAAAUUCAAUCAGUGUGGCGGAAUGUUUUCACUUCACAGAUUUAGUCAUCUUCCUGCUGUUGGGUGCCAUCUGGGUGUUGUCUCUGCACCAGACUUGACCUCGGGGAAUCGAACUUUUAAUGUCGGAAAAAGCAGUGUCUUUAGGUUCUGUGCAUAUAGAGAGGGCAUCUGUGUCCUCAAGUGACAAUAGCUUGACCCCAUAUGUGUGUGGAAUAUUGGAAGACUGACAUAUGUACAAGUCACACGUCAUCCAACUGCCUGCUGGAGAAAAAAAAAACAGGUCUGUCUCCUUCAAACACGAGCAAGAUCAGGCACCCACAGCUGUUCCUCAUCCUCACACAUGGUUUGUGUUGACCAGAUUUGGUUUGGUUCUGCUGUACGACACGGUCAUUAUUUGGGUCACUGGCCUUCAUUUCCCGCCACUGUAUUAAAAGU